AUGUUUAGUGCAGUUAGAAAACGGGACAUUUUGUUCAAAACGUAUGUUUGUGAAGCAGUUAGAAAAUUGAUGGGCAAAAGUGGUAAUGCACUCCAGGUUUUGUUUUCCUUGGAUGAUUUACUAACAUUUGUGAAGAAAGCCGGGAUUACAUGGAGUGGCAAUCUUCCGGAAUCUUCAAAGAAAUGCUUUACGUCAUCUUCAAGUUCUCGCUCAAGUCAAGCACGAUGCUCUGAGAGGGAUCAGUUGUUGCCGAUCGAAAUGGUCCAACAUCUACUAAAAGGGAUGGGUUCCAAUGGCCAGAUGGUGCACAUUGAAGAAAUUAGAGCAAGAAAAGCUCAGUAUGCAGAUAUUCCUGAUGAACUCUCAACAAAUACAAAAUCUGCGCUAGAAUGUAUGGGAAUCAACAAAUUGUAUACCCAUCAGGCCGAAUCCAUCAUGGCCUCCCUGAAGGGGAGAAAUGUUGUGGUGGCAACAAUGACAUCCAGCGGAAAAUCUCUUUGCUACAAUGUGCCUGUUUUGGAAGCAUUGUCCCAGAAUUUGCAGGCAUGUGCUUUAUACUUGUUUCCGACUAAGGCAUUAGCUCAAGAUCAAUUGAGAGCAUUGCUAGCUAUGAAGAAAGCAUAUGACACAGACAUAAAUAUUGGUGUUUAUGAUGGCGACACUUGCCACGAGGAAAGAAUGUUGCAUCGCUCUGAUGCUAGACUGUUGAUUACAAAUCCAGACAUGUUACACUUGUCAAUUUUACCAUAUCAUGGGCAAUUUAGUAGGAUUCUAACAAAUCUUAGGUUUGUGGUCAUUGAUGAAGCUCAUAUGUAUAAGGGAGCACUUGGAUGCCAUACUGCUCUCAUACUUAGAAGACUCCGGCGCCUUUGUUCUCAUGUAUAUGGCACGGAUCCUUCGUUUGUAUUUUCCACAGCAACGUCUGCCAAUCCUAGGGAGCAUUGCAUGGAGCUUGCAAAUCUCUCAACAUUGGAGCUUAUAGAAAAUGAUAGGAGCCCAUCCUCUGAAAAGCAAUUUAUCCUUUGGAAUCCUUCUUCCCUUAAAUCUGUGCAAAAUGAAACUGGUAGAGAUAUCAAUGGCUCUGCAGACAAAAGCAUAAGUCCAAUCUUCACAGUUGCAUGCCUUUUUGCUGAGAUGGUUCAACAUGGACUUCGGUGUAUUGCUUUUUGCAAAUCACGCAAGCUCACUGAACUUGUUCUCUCCUAUACACGUGAGAUUCUCCAAGAGACAGCUCCCAACCUCAUAGAUAAAAUAUCUGCAUACCGAGCUGGCUAUAUACCUGAGGAACGGAGGAAAAUUGAAAGAGAUUUCUUCGGUGGUGAGCUUUGUGGCAUUGCUGCAACAAAUGCUCUAGAGUUGGGUAUUGAUGUUGGACAUAUAGAUGCCACACUACACCUAGGCUUUCCUGGUAGCAUUGCUAGCCUGUGGCAGCAAGCAGGCAGGUCAGGCAGAAGAGAAAAGGCUUCUCUUGCUGUGUAUGUUGCUUUCGAAAGCCCUCUAGAUCAAUAUUUCAUGAAAUAUCCUAGAAAGCUCUUUGGUAGUCCAAUCGAGUGCUGUCAUAUUGACGCUCAGAACCUGCAGGUAGUUGAACAGCAUCUCGCAUGUGCUGCUUUUGAACAUCCAUUGAGUUUGAAGUAUGACGAGAACCAUUUUGGACCAGCGCUAAGUACGGCCUUGGUGUCGCUUAAAAAUAAAGGAUCCAUAACUUGCAAUUUGACCCAUGAUGAUUCUGCCAGAAUAUGGAGCUAUAUCGGGAAAGAGAAAAUGCCUGCACGUGGAAUAAGUAUUCGAGCUAUAGAAACUGUCAGGUAUAAAGUGAUAGAUACUAGACAGAAUGACCUUCUUGAGGAGAUAGAGGAAAGCAAGGCUUUCUUUCAGGUGUAUGAAGGUGCAGUCUAUCUGCACCAGGGGAAGUCUUAUCUAGUUAAGGAGCUCAAUAUAUCGGAAAAGAUUGCUUGGUGCCAGCAAGCUCAUGUGAACUAUUAUACCAAAACUCGAGAUUACACGGAUGUCCAUGUUAUGGGAGGUGAUACUGCUUAUCCAGUCAUGGCCUGCAACCAGACUAAAAGAACGACGGCUCAAGCACGUUCUUGCACAGUAACAACCACUUGGUUUGGAUUCCGUCGUAUGGCAAGAGGAAGCAACAGAGUCUUAGAUACAAUUGACCUUUCGCUGCCCAGUUACUCCUACGAGUCACAGGCUGCGUGGAUCGGAGUUCCUCAAUCACUUAAAAAAUCGGUGGAGGACAUGGGUUUCUCGUUCCAAGGGGGAUUGCAUGCUGCUUCUCAUGCUCUUCUUCAUGUAGUGCCUUUAUAUGUACGGUGCAAUUACUCUGACUUGGCUCCAGAGUGCCCAAACCUGCAUGAUAAUCGGUAUUUCCCUGAAAGAAUUCUAGUAUAUGAACAGCAUCCCGGUGGCACUGGUGUCUCAAAGCAGGUACAACCUUAUUUCAGUGAGCUUCUGAAUGCAGCAUUAGAGCUCCUCACUUCUUGUAGUUGCCAUGGGUACACAGGUUGUCCUAAUUGCGUUCAGAGCGUAGUGUGUCACGAGUACAAUGAGGUGAUCCACAAAGAGGCAGCCAUUAUGAUCAUUAAGGGUGUUUUGGUUGCGGAGAAGUCCUACUUUGCUGAACUUGACAAUUGCUCUUGA